CUUAACACCUUGCAUAUAUAAGCCAACGUAGAUUCCGCUGUCCUAUCCCUGCGGUUCUUUGGGCAGUUAGGUUAGGCAUUAGGUUGCGCACCGUCGACGGUAGCUGCGGCCAUGGCCGACACGUCCGCUGCCAGGUCACGAUGGGAGCUUGAAAACAACAUCCAGCAGGCAACAGGAGAGGACGUGGAUGCCCUAUUCAAGUAUGAUGCUGCGGAGCAGCAGCUUGCUCAGAGCUGCAGGCCUUGGGCGAGAGAUCCACACCACUAUAAGCAUGUGCGCAUGUCCGCCCUGGCGCUGCUCAAGAUAGCCAUGCACGCGCGCUCGGGGGGGAACCUGGAGGUGAUGGGUAUCCUGCAGGGCAAGGUGGUGGGCGACACGUUCGUGGUGAUCGACUCCUUCGCGCUGCCGGUGGAGGGCACGGAAACGCGCGUGAAUGCGCAGGCGGAGGCGUACGAGUACAUGGUGGACUUCCUGGACACCAACAAGGCCGUCCACCGGCCCGAGAACGCUGUGGGCUGGUACCACAGCCACCCGGGGUACGGCUGCUGGCUGUCGGGGAUAGACGUCAACACGCAGAUGAUGAACCAGCAGUACCAGGAGCCCUGGCUGGCGGUGGUGGUGGACCCCAUGCGCACCAUGGCGGCGGGCAAGGUGGAGAUCGGGGCCUUCAGGACCUACCCCAAGGACUACAAGCCCGCCGACGAGGGCCCCUCCGAGUACCAAACCAUCCCGCUGGACAAGAUCGAGGACUUCGGGGUGCAUGCGCGCAGCUACUACCCGCUGGAUGUCACCUUUUUCAAGAGCAGCACCGACAGCCACCUGCUGGACCUGCUGUGGAACAAGUACUGGGUGAGCACGCUGAGCGCCUCGCCGCUGCUGGCCAACCGGGAGUUCGCGGCGGGGCAGGUGGCGGACGUGGCGGAGAAGCUGGAGCAGGCGGAGGGGGGCAUGGGGCAGGGGGGGAGGAUGGGCAGGUACCUCCCGCCCGCUGCCGAGAAGAAGAAGGGCGGCGGCGGCGGUGCCUCUGGUUCCGGAUCCGGAUCCGGAUCUGGGUCAGGCGGCGGCGCGGACGACAGUCCCUUGGGUCGCAUCUGCCGUGACGUCAGCAAGCUGGCGGCGGAGCAGAUCAAGGGACUGUCGGCGCAGGUGGUCAAGCGGGCGCUGUUUAACUGCAGGCUGGCACCGCCCGGGGGGGCGCAGCAAGGGGGGC